CGAGAGAUUCGAGGAAUGGCGUCGUGGACAGCCAAUGAGAGGUCAGAAUUUGAAUAGACUCGAUGGAGGAGUGGGGUUUGCCCUAGUCGUUGUGUGAGGUGAAGAACGACUGUCGAGGGGGGGGGUUGCAAUUACGGGAGGAGGUCGUGAGGAGCCUUCCCUGCCCGCCAUGUCGCUGCACGGGAAGCGCAAGGAGAUCUACAAGUACGAAGCGCCAUGGACUGUCUACGCCAUGAACUGGAGCGUCAGGCCCGACAAGCGCUUCAGGCUCGCGCUCGGCAGCUUCGUGGAAGAAUACAAUAACAAGGUCCAACUUGUUGGGCUGGAUGAGGAAAGCUCCGAGUUCAUCUGCAGGAAUACCUUUGAUCACCCAUACCCCACUACCAAGCUCAUGUGGAUCCCAGAUACUAAAGGGGUUUAUCCAGACCUUUUGGCAACCAGUGGUGACUACUUGCGUGUGUGGAGAGUGGGCGAAACAGAGACCAGGCUAGAGUGUUUACUGAACAACAAUAAGAAUUCUGAUUUCUGUGCUCCAUUGACAUCCUUUGACUGGAAUGAAGUGGAUCCUUAUCUACUGGGUACUUCUAGUAUUGACACAACUUGCACUAUCUGGGGUUUGGAGACUGGCCAGGUCUUGGGAAGAGUGAAUUUGGUGUCAGGCCAUGUCAAGACCCAGCUGAUUGCCCAUGAUAAAGAGGUCUAUGACAUUGCAUUCAGCCGUGCAGGAGGUGGGAGAGACAUGUUUGCGUCUGUUGGGGCUGAUGGCUCAGUGAGGAUGUUUGACCUGCGGCACCUGGAACACAGUACUAUUAUAUAUGAGGAUCCUCAGCACCAUCCUUUGCUCCGCCUGUGCUGGAAUAAACAGGACCCUAAUUAUCUUGCAACAAUGGCAAUGGAUGGAAUGGAGGUGGUGAUUUUAGAUGUCAGAGUUCCUUGUACACCUGUUGCCAGACUGAAUAACCACAGAGCAUGUGUGAAUGGCAUUGCCUGGGCACCACACUCUUCUUGUCAUAUCUGCACAGCAGCGGAUGACCAUCAAGCACUUAUUUGGGAUAUCCAGCAAAUGCCUCGGGCCAUUGAAGAUCCAAUCUUGGCUUACACAGCAGAAGGAGAAAUCAACAAUGUACAGUGGGCAUCAACUCAGCCGGACUGGAUAGCGAUCUGUUACAACAACUGUCUGGAAAUCUUGAGAGUGUAAAAAUAGCUGGCUGUGAGGAAAAAAUGAAGCUGGAUGGUGGUCUUUCCUCUCUUCUAAAGUUUUUAAGAACAAAACUCAAUUGAGACAGUGCUACUAGCUACUAGUUCUAGGAAGACUCAGAACUGGCAUUGAUGGGUAUAUGUUGUAGACUUCUCCCUCUUCUUUCCCACCCCUACCCCAUGACUUAAAUGCAGGGAUAUGCUGAGUCUUUCAGACCCUCUUGGUAUUUAUUAUUACUUUCAAUUAAAGUUAUGUAUAUAUGUCAGCCAUUUGUGUUGAGUAUUUGUAUUAACUGAGCAAUGGCACCAACUGGCAAUUUCACCCCCUAGCAGAAAUCAUUUGUUGAUGCUGUAGAUGCCUAAAAACUAUUCAAAGUUCUAGUGAUAGGAUACGAAGCUAACUUUCUAUUAAGUAAUCUUUUUUCUAAUUCUCUUUCCUCCUGUCCCCAAUCAUAUUUCUAUUGAUACUAGUGAUGAGUCUUGUAAGGUUCUCUGCAACUAAAAGUCUAUCACUAUUAAAACUGUUCUUUGUAUAUAAGCAGGGACUUGUGAAUGUUGCAGGAGCAAUUGCAGGACCUAUGCAGCUCUUGCAGAAACUUCCUGGAAUGAAUCUUUAACUUGGUGAACCACUGGUUAUUAGAUCUGUUUCUUGACCUCUCCUCUGUACAACAUAGUCCUCAAAAAAAAGGGGGGGGAAGCAGUGUAUAAUGGUGAUACCAACCUAGCAUUUAAUUUGAGAAGAACAUUCUAUAGUUUUGCACUCUGUAUGUGUGUUGCACACCCCUCCCAAAACUAUAUCCCUCACAAAAAUCUAAACAGGACUUUAACCACAGGUGAUCUUACAGACCCCAAGAGGCAACAAGCAUUUUCCUAAGAGAAGUGUUCUAUGCAACCUUCCAAAAGCAGCUUUUAUCCCAAUAGUAUCUAGCAUAAAACAAAAUGAUUUCUUUAAGAUAGUAUAGAAGACAUGCUAUGUUGCAGGAGCAGUCAGAGAACAGAUGUGGCUCCUGCAGAAAUGUCCUGGAGCAGAGCUUUAACUUGGUUAAGACUUGCAUACGAUGUUAAUAUGGGACGGCACUGUUUUUCCUGGAACAUUAAUAUGACCCAUUUAAUUCAUUAUAAAAUACACAAGCUCCUCUUAUAUAGCUAUAUUGGGAUGUUGCCUAUUAUUCCCAUAUCAAGGCACAGUGAGGCUUGUAGUAGUUCUACUCUGAUAUGUUAAAAAUGAAUGUAUUGGUGACUGUUUCCACCCCCUUCUCAGAAGUUCUUGUAGGAUAGUUAACCUGGCUUCCCCAAAAUUCAGAGGGGAGACCACAAAUGGUGGCGUAUCAGACCAUUUUUCCAUAGUAACAUGAGGCACUGAAGGAGGAGGGAGAUGUGAGAAGGCUUUUUCAGAUGCAACAACCAGUGAUGUACAUAAUGAAAGGAAACGUGACAAACCUAUUACUUGUUUUAUAGUACUUGAGUACUGUGGUGGGAAAAUGUGGUAACUGAUGUAUAAACGUCUUUGUUUAAACAAUACUGGUUGUUCUUGCCCUAAGAGAAACAUUAAGUAUGAGAGAGAAUUAACUCCUUAACUUUCUCAUCUUUUCUCCUGUUCCCUUUCCCCAACCAACUUCACUAGCUAGGACGUAGAGGUUAAAGUAGAUUGUUUAUUUAGUCCCAUGGAAAUCAAGGGUCUAGAUUUAAAUCCUGAUGUUCAGUUUAAUUUGUUUAUGUGGGUUGGACAGUACUGGUUUAAGGCACUUGACCAUGGUCUGGAUAGUACUGGUCCUAAAGCACUUGAACCACAGACAUGAGGUAAACUAAGGAUGUGCUGAAUAAAAGAGCUAAGAUAUGCAGGUCUGUAACACACUUGCAAAGUAGGGCUGGGAGGGGUUGGGAUAUUGGUCAAUUGAUGGAACAUGAAUUUGUAGUAUUUGUUUUGAAAGGAACAAAUAUGUUUUUAGUGUACAGAAUAUGAAUUAAUAUGAGCUGCAUUUUUUUUUACUAAUAAAUACUGGUAAGAUGUUAGCUUAUGUUGUGAACUCCCUGGUGUGAUCUCCUAAAGAUGUGAACUUUGUAGCAUGACUGUAUAAAGUUCCAAACUCUUUUUUUGUUUGUUUGCUCUUUUCAAAUAAGCAAUAGCACUGACUUUACAUGUGUUAAUCUUUUUCUUUCUUUUUUCUUCCCCUUUGAAUGUUUUAUAUAUAUCCUUACCCAAUGUUGUUGGGGAAUGUUGUUACUGAGUAAGACUUACCUUAUGUGGCGGACAAUGGUUAACUUGUUGCAAUAUUCCCAUUUGAUUUUUAUGAAGAAAUUCUAAUGAAAUGGACUUUAUCUUGACUUUUGAACACCUGAUUUCUGGAAUUGUAUUAAAAUACUGUAAAAAUUUAAAA